AUGCUGGUCCAACCGUAUCAACUCUCAGCGACUGAUGUAGCCGCCAAGAUCCGAGAUGGCCAGCUUACAGUUGAGGAGUAUGCCCAGUCACUUUUGGCACGCAUCAAAGAGAGAGAUCCUAUUGUGAAAGCAUGGGCAUAUAUAAAUCGUGAUCAAGUGCUUGAACAAGCUCGGAAAUUGGAUGCUGUACCCAAAGAAGAACGCGGACCUUUGCAUGGUGUUGCGAUUGCUGUCAAGGAUGUCAUUUACACGAAGGAUAUGCCAACGCAGUUUAACUCGCCCAUCUACAAAGACGAUGCCCCCCAAGUUGACGCAGCCAGCAUCAUCAUCCUCCGCAAAGCCGGUGCGCUCAUCCUAGGAAAGACUACCACCACUGAAUUCGCAGCCACUACUCAAGGACCUCAAACAACGAACCCUCAUGACAGUUCCCGUACACCUGGCGGUUCAUCAUCUGGUUCAGGAGCGGUAGUAGCAGACUUCCAAGCUCCCAUCAGCCUCGGAACACAGACCGGAGGAAGUACCAUCCGCCCGGCCUCUUUCAACGGUAUUUAUGGAUUCAAACCAACGUGGAACUCAAUCUCAAGAGAAGGGCAGAAAGUCUUCUCGUUGAUACUUGAUACACUUGGCAUUUAUGCUCGCACGGUGGACGAUCUGAACUUACUCGCUGAUGUAUUCGCGUUGAAAGAUGACGAGCUGCCCAACAAAGAAUACUCUAUCAAGAACGGAAAAUUCGCCAUCUGCAAAACCAUGGUUUGGCCCCAAGCUGGCCCUGGUCUAGUCAAGGCAAUGGAUAAAGCCGUCGAACUACUCCGAUCAAGCGGUGCCACGGUUGACGAGAUCGAGUUUCCCGAACAUCUGCAAGAUCUACCAAAAUGGCACUCCAUAGUCUUCAACAGCGAUGGACGAACAGCCUUUUUGCCCGAGUAUAGGGUUGACAAAACCAAAAUUGCAGAUCAGUUGGUUGGACACGUUGAGAACCGCCUCAAGAUUUCUAGAGCUGUACAAGUUAAGGCUUUCGAUGAUAUUGCAGCGGCGAGACCUGUUGUGGAUGAUAUGUUGGGUAAGUAUGAUGCCGUGUUGGUGCCAAGUGUACCGGAUGAGGCGCCUAAGGGUAUCGAAGCUACUGGAAGUGCUGCGUUCAAUUUGAUCUGGACGGCACUGCACAAUCCUGUCAUCAACAUCCCCGGAUUCGCUGGUGAAAACGGAAUGCCGAUUGGUCUUUCCCUCGUUGCGCCUAGGUACCACGACAGAAAGCUUCUGGUAGUAAGUCAAGCGGUAGGAAAGCUCUUUGAAGGAUCAGGAGGAUGGAAGUCACAGAUAGCUUAG